AUCGAUAGCUUUGAUUGGGACGAGGACUUCACAGAACAAGUAGUGCAAUACCUGGACGCCAUUGAAGCCGCUCUUCAAUCCUCCACCAGUACGUCUUCAUCUUCCUCUCUCAUCAAGAAACGAAAAUCCACCGCUGAAGAAGACAGCCCUGCAAUCCGCCGCCAGUUGCCCAUCUCCAUUCUCGCUCCCCCUCGUUCUCUCUCACGUUGCCAAGAGAAUUCAAGAAUGAGAUAUCCUGUGUUAAGAUUUGGAGGAAGUAUUUUGUAUAGCAGAACUACUAAGGACGUAGAGAAAGCUGCAACAGAGCUUUUGCAGUGUCUUAAAGCUAAGAAAAAUGAAGCAGGUAUUAUGCCCGGGAAGGCUGCAGUGAUGCAGAUAUGUUGUGACACUAGCUUCUGUCAUAUCAUGCAUAUUAUUGAUUCUGGAAUACCUCCAAGUCUGCAGUUUCUUCUUGAGGAUUCUUCAAUAUCAAAAGUUGGAGUUGCAGUUGGUGGUGAUGCGGUCAAGAUUUUCAAAGAUUACAAUGUACCUGUUAAGGCUGUGGAAGAUAUAUCAUACCUAGCAAAUCAAAAGCUAGGCAGAGGUUGCCAAAAGUGGAGCCUUGCAUCUUUGACAGAGGAGCUUGUUUGCAAAGAGGUAUGCAUCUAGUGUAGCUUAUGCAAAGCUUGGUGGUAAAUUCUGGAUAAGUUUCUUGAAGACAACUUUAGGCAAAUAGAUUACAUGUGGGAUUUUUCUUUGGCAAAUUGGUUGUCUGGCUACUUGAUCUUGUCAAUCUAAAUAAGUUUCUUGAUGGAUUGUCUAUCUUUUGUUUCCAUCCACAAUAAUGUUAACUUCAAACAAAGUUUGUUGCGUAACAACCAUGUCCAAAAGCUUUACUUAUUGCCUAAUCACUAGCCUGUUGGCUCAUUGAGAUCAAGACUUCGUUCCCCACCCUCUUUAAGAUGCUAUUGCAAUUAUGAUUCUUGUCUUCUUGUUGUUACUUGUAACCACUAAGUGAUCUUCUACUUCGUAGUCGUGAUUAUAUGGAGCUUCAGAAGUCCAAGAAAAUAAGACUGGGAAAUUGGGAAGUUGGCAUUUUAUCCCAAAAGCAACUAGAAUAUGCUGCAACACAUGCUUUUGCCUCAUAGCAUCUCUACCAGGUUUUGAUGAACUUUCCGGAUAUAGCAAACAAUGCAAACGAAAAGGAAGUAAAAGUUCCCUCAUAACAAUGAAACUUGGUCAGCAAAGCUAAUGUGCCUAAUUUAUAUUUUACAUUUUAAAUUGAUAAUUGAUCCUUGGAUACGCACAUAUGUGCUGUGUCUCUGUAUUCAUCAUGGACGGUGGACAUAUAGACCUAGGUUGAUUGUGUCGUGUCCUCAACCUCAGUGACUGAGUGCAAAGGGGAAAAUUGGAUUGUGGAAGUGAAUGCAGAAAGAAUUUGUGCAUUUGCGUGGGCCUUUGCUUUUCUUCUUGUACUCAUAUAUCUUGUUUCAGUGGCCAUGCGACCGAAUGAGAUCCCAUUCUUUCUUCCAAUGAAUUAGACAUCAAUGA